GCAUGGCAAAACUGCACUGAAAGUGACCUCUUGGCAUCAAAAGUUAAACCAAUGGCCCAGCAUAGCAUAGUGUACAGUGUUAUUUACUAUGGUUGAAUGGCAUAGCACUAGGAUAGCAUAACAGUUUAAAGAGAGAGAGAGAGUGAGAUAGAUGUCAUGCAAAUGUAGAAGGCCAGAAGAGAGAGAGAGAAAGAGAAAGAGAGUCUAGUGUUGCAGAGUUGCAGGUUCUAGCAGAAAUGGUGGCAGAUGAUGGUUUUAACUUUAUGUGUGAAAUAAUUUUCCUCUCUAUUAGUAUUAUUAUUAUUAUUAUCUCUCUUCAUCACUUCUUUUGUUCUUCUUCUUUUCUUCUCUCUCUAUCUUUCCUUCUCACAGUACUUGUAUUAGUAGGGGAGUGGAAUUUGUGCCAGAACAACGAUGUGAUUGAACACCCAAAGCUACGAGCUUUGUUUCUGUUACAUGGAAAAUCCAAACACCCUCUAAUUAUUAUCACAUAAAAAGCAUAAAUAUAUACAGAAUUUCACAGAAGAAUACUCCCAAACACAACUCACCUUACCCUUUUCAAUGCUGCUGUGAAAUUAUUAUCAUAGCAUAGCACCCUCUUCUUCUUCUGCUUCUUUUUCUCUUUCUUCUCUCUCUGGUUCCUUGUGUGUGAACAAGAGGCUAUAGAAGGAGCUUGUUGGUGAUUGUUGAGUUGGUUUUGGUGAUUCAGCUGAUGUGAAGUGGAAGUUCUGAAGUUGCAGCUAUGGCAUUUCAAUUUGGAUUGUUCCUUCUUCUCACUUUGGUCAUUUGUUUGAAUGUCGGUUCAGUUGUUUCAGAUGAUGGAGCCACAUUGUUAGAGAUGAAGAAGUCAUUCAGGGAUGUGGAAAACAUUCUAUAUGAUUGGACAGAUUCACCAUCAUCAGAUUAUUGUGCCUGGAGAGGAGUCAGUUGUGAUAAUGUCACCUUCAAUGUUGUUGCACUCAAUCUUUCUGGGUUGAAUCUUGAUGGCGAAAUUUCGCCUGCAAUUGGGAGUCUUAAGAGCUUGGUCUCUAUUGACCUCAGAGAAAACCGGCUCUCCGGGCAGAUACCAGAUGAGAUUGGUGACUGUUCUUCUUUGAAAAACCUGGACUUGUCAUUUAAUGAAAUACGAGGGGAUAUACCAUUUUCAAUUUCCAAGUUGAAAGAACUGGAGAACCUGAUUUUGAAAAACAAUCAGUUAAUUGGACCAAUUCCUUCAACAUUGUCUCAGAUUCCUAACUUGAAGAUUCUAGACCUAGCACAAAAUAAUCUUAGUGGGGAAAUACCAAGGCUUAUCUAUUGGAAUGAAGUUUUGCAGUAUCUGGGCUUGCGAGGGAACAAUUUGGCUGGUUCACUAUCGCCAGACAUGUGCCAGUUAACUGGGUUGUGGUAUUUUGAUGUGAGAAACAAUAGCCUAACAGGAAGUAUUCCUGAAGACAUUGGCAACUGUACCUCCUUCCAGGUCUUGGAUUUAUCCUACAACCAACUAACUGGGCAGAUACCAUAUAAUAUUGGAUUUCUGCAAGUAGCAACUUUGUCACUGCAAGGAAAUAAACUCUCUGGGCAUAUUCCAUCAGUGAUUGGUCUCAUGCAAGCACUUGCUGUCCUAGAUUUGAGUUGCAACAAUUUAAGUGGACCCAUUCCCCCUAUCUUGGGAAAUUUGACCUACACAGAAAAGUUGUACUUGCAUGGAAAUAAGCUGACCGGCUUCAUUCCCCCAGAGCUUGGAAAUAUGACUAAGCUUCACUAUUUGGAACUGAACAAUAACCAUCUUAGUGGACACAUCCCUCCCGAGCUCGGAAAGCUUACUGAUCUCUUUGACUUAAAUGUCGCUAAUAAUAACCUUGAGGGGCCAAUUCCUGGUAAUAUUAGCUCCUGCAAAAACCUUAACAGCCUCAAUGUCCAUGGGAAUAAGCUGAAUGGAACAAUUCCCCCUACUUUGCAGAGCUUGGAGAGUAUGACUUCCUUGAAUCUUUCUUCCAACAAUCUUCACGGUUCCAUUCCAAUUGAACUGUCACGAAUUGGUAAUUUGGAUACAUUGGAUAUUUCAAACAAUGAUAUAUUUGGCUCCAUUCCUUCUUCCCUUGGCGACUUGGAACAUCUUCUGAAGCUGAAUCUAAGCAGAAACAAUUUGACGGGAGUUGUUCCAGCAGAAUUUGGUAAUCUUAAGAGUGUUAUGGAAAUUGAUCUUUCAAAUAAUGAACUCUCUGGCUUUAUUCCUGAAGAACUUAGCCAGCUUCAGAACAUAGUAUCAUUGAGGCUUGAAAACAACAAAUUGACAGGGGAUGUCGCAACUCUUGUAAAUUGUCUUAGUCUCUCUCUGCUUAAUGUGUCCUAUAACAAUUUAGUGGGUGAUAUUCCCACAAGCAACAACUUUUCCAGGUUCUCCCCUGACAGUUUCAUAGGAAACCCUGGUCUUUGUGGUAAUUGGCUGAAUUUGCCCUGUCAUGGUUCCCAUCCAGCGGAGCGAGUUACAUUAUCGAAGGCGGCUAUUCUAGGAAUUACUCUUGGUGCCCUUGUAAUUCUUCUCAUGAUACUGCUGGCAGCUUGCCGACCGCAGAAUCCUCCUUUUCCUGAGGGGCCACUUGACAAGCCAGUUGACAAGCAACUGACUGCACAAGCUUGGAAAUUGACAGUUACUUACUCACCACCAAAACUAGUGAUUCUUCAUAUGAAUAUGGCGCUUCAUGUGUAUGACGAUAUCAUGAGGAUGACUGAAAAUCUGAGUGAGAAGUAUAUAAUUGGAUACGGGGCAUCAAGUACAGUUUACAAAUGUGUUCUUAAGAAUUGCAAGCCAGUGGCCAUCAAGAGGCUCUACUCUCACUACCCACAAUGCUUGAAAGAAUUUGAGACCGAACUUGAGACAGUUGGAAGCAUUAAACACCGCAAUCUGGUCAGUCUUCAAGGCUACUCUCUGUCCCCAUAUGGUCACCUUCUGUUUUAUGACUACAUGGAAAAUGGCAGUCUAUGGGAUCUUCUUCAUGGACCUACCAAGAAGAAAAAGCUGGACUGGAAUCUGCGUCUGAAAAUUGCACUUGGAGCAGCUCAAGGGCUUGCUUAUCUACACCAUGAUUGCAGUCCCCGCAUCAUCCACAGGGAUGUGAAGUCAUCAAAUAUUUUGCUAGAUGCAGACUUUGAGCCUCAUCUCACUGAUUUUGGCAUUGCCAAAAGUCUCUGCGCCUCAAAAACCCAUACUUCAACUUACAUAAUGGGCACAAUUGGCUAUAUAGACCCUGAGUAUGCCAGAACUUCCCGGCUCACUGAGAAAUCUGAUGUGUACAGCUAUGGUAUUGUUUUGCUUGAGUUGCUAACUGGGAGGAAAGCUGUUGAUAAUGAAUCCAACCUCCAUCAUCUGGUUUUGUCAAAGACAGCAAGCAAUGCUGUAAUGGAAACCGUUGAUCCGGACAUCACUGCAACAUGCAAGGAUCUGGGAGCAGUGAAAAAGGUUUUUCAGCUUGCUCUCUUAUGCGCAAAACGUCAGCCAGCUGACAGGCCCACAAUGCACGAAGUGGCACGUGUGCUGGGGAGUCUCGUGCCGCCACCACUCACCCCCCCAAAGCAACCAGCACCCCAACCUGCAUCACACCACCCCUCUGCCAAGGUGCCAUCGUGCUACAUGGAUGAGUAUGCAAAUCUCAAGACUCCACACCUUGUGAACUGUCCCUCCAUGAGCACCUCUGAUGCACAGCUCUUUCUCAAGUUUGGAGAGGUAAUCUCCCAAAACAGUGAGUGAGGAUUCUGAAAAUCAAAUCAAAUCUACAUUUCAUGUACAUUAAACCCGAAAAAGAAACAAAAUGGAUUAGGCAGGGAAAAGUUGGUGUACAAGUUAAUGAAAAAGUGUAUAAAAAUGUUUGGAUCAGUUUCUCUUUUUCAGAAUCAAUUCUGGAAUUGAUUUUGGCUUUUGAAUCUAUUGUGGAAGGGUAUCUAAUCA